UAUAUUUUGGCCAUCGCUCGUGUCUGCUGCGGCCGUUUCGUUUCUGUAAUUAUUUUUCAUAUAUUACUAAGCCGUGAAUAAUGUAAACUAGUUAGUGGGUAAACCAAGGGCACAAAAUGUCCGCGCGCGUUGCCAAAGCAGCUAGAAAGCUAUAGAGUUUGCAAGCCGCAAUCAGAUUCGCUUGCUUUUUCUGCUCGUGCUCCUCGUCCGUCGGCCAUUAAGACACACACCAGAAAAAACGGAAAAACAAUACAGCGUGCGUGUGUGUGGAGUGUGUGCGAGUGUGCGGUGAAGUGUUGUGAGCUCAGAAACCUUCAAGAAGCCAGUGAGAAAAAGAAAAUUGUGCUCCAAUCCAGGCCGUGAAAUUCUUAGCGUUUCCUCAACUGCAAGCGGCGUACAGGGUGAACCGUGCAAAAAGAAAAAGCAUCCAAGCUGUUUUUCUGGCCUUAGAACAGCUGUGAAUAAAGGGGCUGUACGCGAACCAGAGGCGGAGAAAUUUGGAGCUAACCAGAAGAGCCAGAAGCACCCAAAGUCAAAGGCAUGUCCAGCGAGGAAGACAAACCGCCGGCGCCGCCCGUACGUCUUACCAGCAAUCGAGGCGGCAUCGAACGAUCCGUGGGGGGAGGUGUGGGCGUCGGCGGCGGAGGUGGGGGUGUCGGCGAUGUGCCGCCCGACAUGCGUCCGCUGCCCAAAGAACCUGACGACUCCGACCGGAAGAAGAAAACGCUGAAGAGCAAGAUCAAGGGCUCGAAACCCUCGCACGCGGACUCCAAGCCAAACAUCUCAUAUCCCACGAACUUUGAACACACGGUCCAUGUGGGUUUUGAUGCUGUUACCGGCGAGUUUACGGGCAUGCCGGAGGCAUGGGCGCGACUGCUGAUGAACUCGAACAUCAGCAAGCAGGAGCAAAAGAAGAAUCCCCAGGCUGUACUCGAUGUGCUCAAAUGGUUUGAUAACACAACUAAACAGAGGCCAAGUUCCAAGUACAUGACCAAUGCCAUUACGACGCAUUCAGGCUCGUCGCUUAGCCGUGUCAGCAGCAGCAGUCCAAGCAGCACACCCACGGACUCAGAACUGCACGGAUCCAAUAGCGGUGGCAACCUGAUCGGCGUUCAACUAGGCAGCAUGACCUUGGGACCCAAUGCCAACAACGUGGCUGUGGCUGGCCAAAUUCUGGGCAACCACUACCAACAGCAGCAGCAGCACCUCCUUCAGCAGCAGCAGCAACAGUUGCACCAGAAUCAUAACCAGCAUCACAUGGGCAUAAGUCAAUCGCACUCGUAUAACUUUGUCGGACACACGGCUUCCGCAUCCACAUCGCAACAUUCAUCCGCCAACGAGGACGACAUGCUGGGAUCGCAGCAUCCGCAGCAAGUGCAACAGCAGCCGGCGCCCCCACCGGUGGCUUCAAGACCGGAGCGCACGAAAUCCAUCUACACGCGGCCCAUCGAGGAUCUGCAGCCAGCCAUCUUGCCCAUCCCAGCGGCACCAGCGACCACGCCUACAACUCCGCUGCAGAAUCAUCGGGCGCAAGUCGGGAUGGCGGCGCCAGUGGCGUCGCCGUUGCUGCACAACAAUGCCACGACGACGCUGGACAAGAACAAAAACAAUGCAACUCCAACGUCCCCAACAACCACAAAAACAACAGCAGAAACAGAAGGCACCGAUGCAACAUCAACUCUUUUGUCUGCUACUAAUCCUAGUUGUUCUACCACUCCUACUACUGUUCCUGCUCCAGCUGCGUCUCGCGGUAGUCUUAUCGAGACAACAACAGCACCAGCUACCACUGCAGCAGCAACAGCAGCCACAGCCACAACGACUAAUCACCAUUCCUCUGCUUCCUCCUUUUCAUCAUUUCCCUCGUUCCACGACGACGAUGCCACACACCACACCCUGCCAACGAUCCAUUGUCCUACGCCGACGUCUUCCGCUCGCAACUCAACGGUUCCGCUUCCGGUUGCGGUUCCUAUGCCGCCCAUCAUCACGCCCGCUUCGCCUACACCCGCCUCCGUUGGAUCAUCAGAUCUGUAUACGCCGGAACCAACGGCGGCACAGGUGGCAGCCGCUGCUGCUCCUCCGCCGGCGGCCGGUAAUCAAAUCGCCGUGCCCCAGGCGGCAUCUGUCGCGCCCAACACGCGAGCAGCUAACGCCAAGAAGAAAAAGAUGUCCGAUGAGGAGAUCCUGGAGAAGCUGCGUACCAUUGUCUCCGUCGGCGAUCCAAAUCGAAAGUACACCAAGAUGGAGAAGAUCGGACAGGGUGCCUCGGGCACCGUGUACACGGCCAUUGAAUCUUCGACGGGCAUGGAGGUAGCCAUUAAGCAGAUGAACCUGUCUCAGCAGCCCAAGAAGGAGCUAAUCAUCAACGAGAUUCUUGUGAUGCGGGAAAACAAGCAUCCGAAUGUGGUAAACUACCUGGACAGCUACCUGGUGUCUGAGGAGCUGUGGGUGGUUAUGGAGUACCUUCCUGGCGGCUCGCUCACCGACGUAGUCACCGAGACCUGCAUGGACGAAGGCCAAAUCGCAGCCGUCUGCCGCGAGGUGUUGCAGGCCUUGGAGUUCCUCCAUGCCAACCAGGUCAUCCAUCGCGACAUCAAGAGUGAUAACAUCCUGCUGGGCCUUGACGGCUCUGUCAAGCUGACUGAUUUCGGUUUCUGUGCGCAAAUAUCGCCGGAGCAAUCCAAACGCACAACAAUGGUGGGCACUCCCUACUGGAUGGCGCCCGAGGUAGUCACCCGGAAGCAGUACGGACCCAAGGUGGAUUUGUGGUCGCUCGGCAUAAUGGCCAUUGAGAUGGUUGAAGGCGAACCGCCCUAUUUGAACGAGAAUCCUCUCAAAGCCUUGUACCUCAUUGCCACCAAUGGCAAGCCAGAGAUUAAAGAAAAAGACAAGCUGUCCGCAGCAUUUCAGGACUUCCUCGACCAGUGCCUGGAGGUGGAGGUGGAACGGCGAGCCAGUGCAUUGGACUUGCUGAAGCAUCCCUUCUUGAAACUGGCCCGUCCAUUGGCCAGUCUGACGCCUUUGAUCAUGGCCGCCAAGGAGGCGACCAAGGGCAACUGAUUGACAACCAAGAAGAAACCGCUUAUUUAACCAUUACUAAUGAAUUACUACUGCAGAAAACAACAAGAACAACAACAACAGCAACAACCACAAUAGCAACAAUAACAGUUAUGCAUAUGAACAGAUGAUGAAUUAUUAAUGAUUAUGAUUACUAUUAUUAAUUAUUUAUAUAAACGUAUUAUAUACACACAUAUUAUUAUAUUAUAUCUAUUCUAAUGAGACAAACAGCAAAACUAAGAAAAACUGCUUACGACAAACAAGAGACACGCGUAGUUCAAUUUCCACAAAUCGGUUUUCUGUUUUUAUAUAUAAAAACAAAAAAGGAGUGCAUGUUGCUUUGGCAUUACAUCAUCGAAAUACGUUUCUGAACAUUUGUUAUACCAAAACAUAAAUUUAUAUUUGUAUAGACCCGAAAUUUGUAUUAAGCAUUUUGAAUGCUUUUCAAAUUGUAUGCUUAAAAAUGACCUAUAAAAGAGAAAACAAAACACUUAUAAAUAGUUGUCAAGAUUGAAACAUAAAAAUUGGUAACUUUUGCAUUUAAAACAAAUGAAAAUAUACAUACAAACUUGUACAAUGUAUAAAGCACUUAAUUUCAUUUCUUUUGUCAUUACAUUUCUAUAAGAAAGCUUAAAGAAUAAUUAUAUGAGAGUAUGAACUUUGGAACGCUGUUACUAACCUUAUGACUUGGAGUAUUAUUGCUGAUUUUAGUAAAAGUUUCAUUAAGUUCAUAAACUGCUUUAUUUAAUAAAUAUAUAUUUUUAUAUGAUUUUAAAAUUUUGUUUUUUUGCUUGAUUUUAAGUUGCUUCGGCUUGUUAUUUCUGAAACUUUUCCUUUCGAGAGAAAUAUCCUUCUUUUUACACUGACCAACACAUCCCUAACUCCAACACAACUUCCACCCGCCCGUUUCUUGCAAUUUUUUUAUGUCUGUAUAUGUAGAUGUAUAUCAAAAAGAAACAUUUAAUUGUAAUAGAAUUUACUAUUUAGAUAUAGACACAUAUAGAAACACAAAGACACCUGUAUUUUUCAAUUUACAACAAUAGAAUGUGUUUUGCACGUCAAAAAGAACAACAACAAAACUGUAGCAAUAUAUUAAAAUAUAAUUGUAAUGAGAGGGAAUUAUGGAAACCACACUAAACUGUUUAAUUGGUAGUAGCCACUAAAUAUAACUAGUAAAUAAUGAAUAGUGUAAAAAUUCAAUCGUGAACCAUGAGAAAAGAGAAAGAUAAAAUGAAAACCAGUUACUUUGUGCCUAACCGAAACCGAAAAAUGAAAUCAAUAAGAGCAACAACAAGUAAAUAUUAACUGAUAGUAACUAGCAGUUGUAGCGUAACAUAGAGAAUCGAAAUUCUAGCAUAUAUAGAGCAGUCAACUAAAACACCAGCUAACAUAGAUAGCAUGCUUGAAUGGGUGCGUGUAUAUUGGGGUGCUGAAAGGAUCGGUCGAAAGUAAUAAAAUUACAAACCAUAUUUCUUUAAAAUAUUAAGGCGAAUGCAUUUUCUCAUUUAAUUCAUUAUUUUGCGUCUCAGGUCAUGCUCAAAUUAUGCUUUACUGAUAAAAAAAUCGAUCUUUAUUUGAACCACUUAAAAAUUGUACAAAUAUUUAUUGGAGAUAUCGGUAAUAAUUUGUUGUAUUCAUUUUGUGCGACGUUUUAAAGAUUUGAGUCAAUCAAAAUAGGUUUUUAAUUAUUUACGUCAACGGACUAAUUAUUCUACCUGUUUUGGUUUAAAAAUAUAAUUCGAUGGAAACAUUGAAAGCCAGAGCCUGCAUCAUAAUCCAUACAGCGUGGACGACAACUCGAUUGUGCUACAUAACCGAUCGUGCCCUUCAAAACAGGGUUAUCAAAUUAGUUAAGCUUGUGCUAAAAUCAUUUAAACACCAAAAUCAGAAAUAACUUUAUACAAACGAGAGGAAAAGAUUUCUUUGAACACUGAGAAAACAUUAAUUUCAAUAUAAGUUCCUAACACAUAAACAUUUUCCACGAGAAUGGAAAGAAGUCUGGCUUUGAAAACGAAUAAAAUUACGGAUUAUUUGUAUUUAUUUUUAGAUAUUAGAAAACUUGGCUCCAGUGCAGAAAUAAUGUGUAUUAAACAAUAACGGUAGCGAUGAGGCAAACCGAUGAAUGGGUAAAUAAGUACAUAAAGAAUUAUAAAAACCAAAUUGCAAAAUGAAAAGUAAAACAAGAUC